AGCAAUUCUGGAAAGACGUCUACCAGCAGAGCGUCUUGGACAAUAGCCUCAUCAGUGACGCAUUCAGGCUGUGUAGUCGUGACAGUCUUUCCCAUGUGGAAUGGCGUGGUUUGGCGCGAGUUGUUCUUUUUUACUUAUGCAGGCUGCGCCUUUAUCUUUAGACACCUUAGUGUUGGAUACCAAGCAUGACCAAGAUACAGCCUUCUCGUCGUGGUAGGAUACACUUAAAAUGUGAAGAUAUAUUUGAGCAUCUCAGCCCUUCUGUGAGAGGUAACAACACAUCACAGUCCAUUCGCUUACUUAUUCCCUCGUUUUAUCAUUCCUCAUUGUACUCUACACUUUACCUUGAAGUCAUUCGUUCGUUGUCGAUCAGCCCAUUCGCUAUUGUCCCCAAGCCAUGAGCAAAAGCAAUACUCCAGCGCUCUCAAGAGCUGGCUCUCGUUCCUCUCUUUGGAGGUCCUGGAGUCCCAUGCUCGAAGACUUGGCCAACUACGAGAAGUCGCGUGAAAAUUAUCCUUGGUUAAUACGUGACCAUGGUCAAGACGGAGUUUAUGACUCGAGCCCUGCGAGUCGUCCAAGGCCACUAUCAUCUCUUGCCGAAGACCCCGAUGUCGUGAGCCAGUCAGACCAAUCCACAAAGACGUCUGAAGAUUUAGAGAAUCAGUCAGUCCCAGAACCUCUUCUCUUAUCUCAAGAUGAGGACCCAAACCUGGUAACCUGGGAUGGUUCCCAUGACCCCUCCAAUCCACACAACUGGACCAAACGCAAGAAAUGGCUCUCGACAAUCCUUGUCUCCUGUUUCACAUUCAUCUCCCCCGUUUCUUCAACCAUGCUGGCACCGGCCUUGCCAGACUUGGCCAAAGAGUUCAAGAUCUCAUCUGACUUUGAGACAUACCUUCUCAUGUCUAUCUUUCUCUUGGCUUAUGCAAUUGGCCCAUUUUUGCUCGCCCCCUUAUCAGAGAUGUUUGGAAGAGUUGUUGUUCUUCAGUCUGCAAAUAUGUUUUAUCUAAUCUUCAAUACUGUUUGUGGGUUCUCGAAGACCAAGGAUCAGAUGCUCGUCUUUCGCUUCUUGAGUGGUCUUGGUGGGAGUGCACCUCAGGCGCUUGGAGGCGGCGUGCUGAGCGACUGUUGGAGAAAAGAGGAACGAGGAACUGCGACCGCCAUCUACAGCCUUGCCCCAUUCUUGGGACCUGCUGUUGGGCCCAUAGCUGCUGGUUACCUCACCCAACAUCUGAACUGGCGCUGGAUCUUUUGGGUAGUCUCCAUAGCCGAUGCUGUGGUUCAGAUCCUGGCGUUCCUGUUUUUGCAAGAGACUUACCCGCCCAAGAUUCUCAAGGUCAAGGCCAGAAAGCUCCGCAAGAUAACUGGCAACAGGCUUCUUCAUACUGAGUUCGAGCAGAGAGAUCGAUCAUUCAUUUCUUUACUUUUGACCAACUUGAAGAGGCCAUUCAAAAUGCUGUUUACGCAGCCCGCUAUUCAGAUUACGGCAUUAUACAGAGCGUAUUUAUAUGGCCUCAUGUAUCUUGUUUUUGCUUCUUUUCCCAUGGUUUGGGAACAACAAUACAACCAGGAACCGGGUCGUGCGAGUUUAAACUACGUUUCUCUUGGUAUUGGAUUUGUCAUCGGGCUUCAGGUUUCUGGUCCCUUGAUUGAUAAGGUUUAUGCAAUGCUCAAGACUCGGCAUAACCAUCCUGGGCGACCCGAAUUUCGCGUACCCCUGAUGUUCCCAACUGCGCUUGUGACGCCAGCGGGUCUCGUUCUUUACGGGGUCUCCGCACACCUGAAACUCCACUGGAUCAUCCCAAAUGUCGGGACAGCAAUUUUCUCUGCGGGGCUCAUUCUGUCGUUCCAAUGUGCUCAAACGUACAUCAUUGACUCGUAUGAGCGAUAUGCUGCCAGCGCGACUGGAGCAGCUGCUUUUGUUCGUACCAUGGCUGGCUUUAGCUUUCCUUUGUUUGCGCCUGCUAUGUAUAAACGUCUUGGAAUUGCAUGGGGAAAUGGUCUGCUUGCGGGUACAGCUAUGUUGAUUUGUCUUGUCGCGCCAAUUGUGCUUUGGCGUUAUGGGGAGUGGAUUCGAAGGAAGAGUCCCUACUGCGCAGGAUAG